CACUACACAAGGAAGUCUUGAAAACGUUUGAUGUUAUGUUUAUUUUGAAAUUUUCCCAAACACUGCCAAGCAUGUUAAAAGAUCUCUCAUAAGAAAAGGUGUAAGGCAGUCGAAAUGUUUGGACGCAAGAAAGAAAAUGCCCCACAGAGGAGGAAGGGUGCCGAUCUUAUGAAUCAGAUGGGUUAUUCUGACAUGGGACAGAUAGAGCAGCAACUAUAUGGGGAUCUUGAGAAUGACGAUGAGUUAGAGGCAGAGUUACUGGCCCUUCAGGGAGAAGAUGAUGGAGGAGCUAGACCUGCUAGAAGGAGACCUGCUCCCUCUGGUGGUGGAGGGAUGGCCGGUAUUCAGGCUAUGGCCGCAGAAGCGAUGCGAGACUUUGGAAGUGACGAGGAAGUGUCGGAUACAGAGGAUCCUGAUCUGCUGUCAGAAUUACAGGGUUUGACAGGGGAUGAUAAUAAGGAGGACAGUAAACCCCCUCCUGCCAGCUCUGUCCCUCAGAUCAAGCACCCCGAGAUAGGGAUGACCCAGUUACUGGAGGAGAGGCUACAGAUGUACCAGACGGCCUCGGAGAACGCUCGGGCCGCGGGGGACAGCAGUAAACAGAGGAGGCUGGACAGAGGGAUGAAGACUAUUCAAGAUUUGCUGAAGAAGGCCAAAGCGAACAAACCUGUAGCAGAGGAUGACAUUCCACCCCCUGUGGCCCUGGGAUCCAAUUCAAGGGGCCCCUCUCCAGUAAAUGCUGCAGCAUCAGAACCUGAGAGGAAACCAGCUGUGUUACAACCGACCAUACAACCAGUUCCUGUCUUACCCAAACCAGAACCAGUUUCUCCACCAGUCUCAGCUCAACCAGACAUGUCCCAGAAAGACAAGGAAACCCACAGGAUGCUGGUGACCAGGAGAGACCAGUACAAACAGGCCGCCUUAAAGGCAAAACAUGCAGGGGACAUAACUACAGCCACCCAGCAUGUCAAAGUAGCCAAGCAAUUUGACCAUGUAAUAAAGGCCCUGGAGGCAGGAAAAGAAAUAGAUCUAUCACAGAUGCCUCCCCCACCACAAGCUGUAGCAGUGUCCUCAGGAGAGUUUGUAUCAGCCAAGUCUAAACCUCCAGAGUUACCCCCAGAACCUACAGCAGAGGGUAAGUCAUUGUCACGGGGGGCACCACUUAAAUGAUACACGGUGCUAAAUGCACUAAAACUUGAUGCACUUUUAUAACAAUAUAACAGCUGUGAAGAAGCCAAAAGCAAAGGGGAGUCAUCAAAGGCAAGACGGCAUGGAAGGAUAGUCAAGCAAUAUCAAGAUGCCAUAAAAGCCCAUAAGGCUGGAAAGCCAGUAGAUUAUGAUGAGUUACCUACCCCACCAGGAUUUGCUCCAAUACCUGUUGGUAAACCAUCUGUCUCUCCAUCACCUUCAUCCAAUCAGCUUCAACCAGACAGAGGUCAAAGGUCAGCUGCACAAAAUCAUAGAUCCCCCUCUCCAGCAAGAACAGCAGCAGUUGCAGCGGGAACAGCACAACCACAGAAGAGUCCCUCACAUCCAAAUGCUGCAACCCAGCAACAACCGCAACAGAAGUUAACUCCAAAGGGACAAGCAUCCAGACCUUCAUUAAAGAGGAGUCCCACAUCACGAGCAGAGCAGCAGGCCUACUUCCUUACAGACAGAAUGAACGAGUACAAACAAGCAGCUUUGAAGGCCAAGAAGAAUAAUGACAUAGAACUGGCCAAAAAGUACAUGAGGAUAGCCAAGGGCUUUGAACCAAUGAUAGAAGCAGCAGAAUCAGGACUCCCAGUGGAUAUGUCACAGAUCCCCCCUUCUCUGGAUGAGGGAGAUGACCCCUCCUUUGUGAUGGUACAGAAGGAGGAUGUAGAAUUGAGUGGGGACAGGACGGAGGUAUACAAAAAACUGGAGCAGGACCUCAUCAAUCAAAUCAGGAUAUGUGCUACAAAUGGCCAACAUUUUACCAAACUUGGAGAUGUGGUUUCAGCAGCCAAGUUUGAGAAAAUGGAGAAUGGAUGUAGAAAGGACUUGGAUGCUUUGAAGAAUGCCUUUAAACACAAUGAUCCAGUGCCUAAGUUCCAUUAUGAAAAUAAAACUUUUUCUUUAGUGCAAUGUAAUACAGAUUUAGGAGAUAAUGAUUUAGAAAUUACAGUCGUUAGAGGGUUACAGUAUAAUUUACCUGAAAAAUAUUCAGAAAAAGAUGUAGAUACCUAUGUUAAAUUUGAAUUUCCUUAUCCAAGUGAUGAUCCACAAACAGCUCAAUCAGAUACUGUCAAAGGCUCUUGUAAUCCAGAAUAUAAAGAACCAUUCAAAGUAGAAAUAAGUAGGAAAUCCCGAGCUUUUGCCAGGGUUGUGGAAAGGAAGUCAGCCAAGUUUGAAAUUUAUUUCAAGAGAGGAUUUUUGAAAAGUGAUAAACUGAUAGGUACAGCCAAUGUCAAGCUUCAGCCAUUAGAUAACAAGUGUACCGUUCAUGACAGUUACGACAUAACGGAUGGUAGGAAACCAGUCGGGGGUAAACUGGAGGUCAAGCUCAGGAUAAGGGACCCCUUCAAAAGCAAGCAGGUGGAGGAAUCCAGAGAAAAAUGGCUUGUUAUAGACCAGUUCUUCAAAACUAUUGAUAAGCCAACAAAAGGAAGGGCACCUCCACCACCAAAACAAGCUGUCAACAAAAGCCAAGGAACUACCUCAUUAGAGGUACUAAAGUAUGAAAAACAACAGCUAGAUCUACAGAUUGCUAGUCUAAGGGACAGAUUAACUCCAGAACAAGCAAGGGCAUUAAUGCAGAAAAGUAAAUUAAUCUCAGAAAAGAUGGAGCAACAACAAGAGGAACUAAAGAAAGGAGGGGCAGAUGGUUUGAUUAAUUAUGUUGAGAUUGUGAUGAAGGACAUGGCAGCGUAUGAAGAAGAGGCUCGUCAUUUAGCCAAACUCGGAGACAUGCAUAAAGCUCAAGUCAUCCUCACCAAGAAAAAACAUGCUGAGAAAGAGAUUAAUGCUAUAAAGAAUAAAUACCCACAACUCUUUGGAUAAAGAACAACAGUUGGCAUAUCAACACAAGUGUGAUUCAGUGAUCAAAACAGUGCAGCACUUCUCCAAGCUGUUUUGUUUUGUCAAGUUCAUUCAAGGAUUAGAUUUUUGUUUGAUAAUUAUGUCAUAAAUAAUCACCUAGCUUGAGAGGCAUUGGACAUUCAUUCAUUGUUACCUUGCAGUUGUUAUUGUGGCAUUAUUAGCAAAUUCAUUUUAUGUACAGCAACUGUAAUUUUUCUUUUUUUUUUUCAAGAAGGUUUUCUUAGAGGUCGAAAUAUACAAAAGGUUUUAAAGAGAGCAAAUAAAUUUUAAAUUUACAAACAUACAGAUGUAACAAAUAUACUAAGUGCAUAAUAUCAUUGCUUGCUGAAAGGAAAAUUCAGAUAUAAACCACAAUUAUUGUAUAUAUGUCAUAUUAGAUAGAAAUACUAGUGAUUUUUUUUUUUACCUUAGUUCUACAAAAAGAGAUCAAUUUGCCUUCAGUAUAUUCAAUAGAAUAGGAUUUGAAUGAGAAAGGUUGUGGAUUUAGGACCUUGAACAUUAAGUUUAUAUUGUAAAUUAUGUUUUAAACAAUUUAAUAUUCAUUUAUUUGUUAUCCGUAGUACAUAUUGUUAUUUACUUGGUUUUAUUGUUAUGAUUAAAUUCAAGUGAGACCCA